CUCCGUUAUCCUCGAGUCGAGUUCCCCCCAAAACCCAGAAAACCCCACGACGCCGUCGCCACCGUUCGUCUCCGCCUCCGCCUCCGCCGCCGGAAAUGGCGGCCACCUCCCUCCUCUCCCUCCCCUCGCUCCGCCUCACCCACCGCCUCCUCGUCCCCGCGUCGUCGUCCGCCCCAGCCUCCCGCUCCCAGUUCCAAACGCUCGCCGCGAAGAAGGCAGCCGUCGCCACGGGCACCGGCGAGGGCGGCGGCGGGGGGCGUGGAGCGGGCGGCGGGCUGCUGUCGGUGCUCGACCGGGCGAUGGCGGACGAGGAGGAGUACCGCCGGGCGCGCGCGCAGGUGCACCGUAAGGGCGUGGAGGUGGAGGGGUACGCCAUCGAGGGGGUCUCCGUCGGCGGGCACGAGACCUGCGUCACCGUGCCGUCCCUCAACGUCGCCUUCGACAUCGGCCGCGGGCCGCUCUUCGCCGUGAGCCAGGACUACCUCUUCAUCACCCACGCCCACCUCGACCACAUCGGUGGUCUCCCAAUGUACAUAGCAACUCGUGGCCUCUAUAAUUUGAAGCCACCCGUUGUAUUUGUACCACCAUGUAUCAAGGAUGAUGUUGAGGAUCUACUUCAAAUCCAUCGUAGAAUGAGUCAAGUCGACCUUAAAGUGGAAUUGGUUGCGCUUGAUUUGGGGGAGACAUUUGAAAUACGUAAUGACCUUGUUGCCAGACCAUUUGAGACUCACCAUGCUAUACCCAGCCAGGGUUAUGUCAUCUACUCUGUUCGGAGAAAGUUGAAAAAACAGUAUGCUCACUUGAAGGGUAAUCAAAUAAUGAAAAUGAAGCAAUCAGGCGCUGAGAUUACAGAUACUAUACUAUAUCCAGAAGUUGCCUUUACAGGUGACACAAAGUCUGAUUUUAUUCUUGACCCACGAAAUGCAGAUGCCCUGAGAGCAAAAGUCCUUAUAACUGAGGCAACCUUCCUAGAUGACCAAAUUGAUGUUGAUCAUGCUCGGGAGCAUGGCCACAUGCAUCUCUCUGAGAUAAUGGAGCACUCCCAAUGGUUUAGAAACAAAGCCAUUGUACUGACACAUUUCUCAAAUCGAUAUAGUCUUGAGGAUAUUAGACAAGCUGUUUCCAAACUACAGUCAAAGUUAUCUUCAAAGGUUGUUGCACUGACGGAAGGCUUCAAAUCUGACUAUAGAUAGUGUAUAGAAGUAGGUCAGCUGUGCUUCUCACCCUUACUUGCUGAGAAUAACUUGAGUUACUUACACUAGGAAUUGGCCAUUCAUGAGGAAAAAGGGACAGAAUUAAUAGGUUUGUGCUGUUUGGCUUUUGUAUGUGGCAUUUAUAUCUCCUAUCUUUCUAUAUUAGAAAAUAAAGUUUAUAUAGCAUUAUAACUAAAUGAUUAUUGUGAUGGAAAAAUCUAUAUUAUACAUGCCAAAGGUGAUUCAGUAACAUACAUAACAUUUUCUUGACACUCUCCAGCUUCCAGAAUAAGAAAAGGUUAGCUAAAAUCUCUCUCUUUCUGCUGUUUUUUUAUUCCCCCCGCCCCCCCUUGUACUAUCUCUCUCAUGUACAUAUUAUAUUUUAAUAUAUCACAGUAGGAGCCUAUUCUGCUGUUUAACCGUCUAAAAAAAAGAAUAAGAAAAGGUGUAAAAAGCUGGGUAUUACAAUACGUUGGAGAAUCUGAAGGCCAAAUAAACUGAAAUCAUGAAACGCAUACAUCUGCAUGAAAUCCAAUAAGUUGUAAAAUAUCGUACAGUUUCAUCCUUGAAAGCAACAAGCAGGCAUACACUUCUAUUACUGUGUACUGCGUACCAUGAGUACGUUCUCUUGAAAAAUAGAUAAGUUACGAGUUUGUUCUGAAGUGUCGUACAGUAUAAUCCUUGAGAAGCAACAAGCACCCAAGCAGGCACACACUAAUAUUACUGCAUAACAUGAGUAUCUUCUUUGGAAUAGAUCAACCAAUGAGUUUGUUCUUUGAAGCUUCUUUUCUUGUAUUCUUUUUUGCUAGGUACAUGAGAGCAGUGGCAGUGCUGCUAGUAUCUGGUUUUAGCAUAACGGAUUUUCCUUGCAUCAAUGUCUUGUUCACUUACAUGUUCAACAGAUUCGUCAUCAGUGGAGCAACUUUCAGGAUCUUCGCGUGCGGGAAUGAUGAAUAUGUCAGAUUCAUCAGGUAAUCUGAAGCUAACUCUCCUCAUGCUGUUUUGGCUCCUAAUAGAGAUUCUAUCGAUGGAGAAGCUGUCCCGGAUGUUAGGAGAAUUAUUUUCAUAAGAACAAUCCGGGUUAAUUGGGCAAACCUUUGGAGAGUGCCUCCGAGGUGAUGGGGCUCCAAUUGCCUCCCCCUGAAAGCUCUGAGGAGAAUACAAGAUGUCUUGAAGAGUGUUUUGCCUUAUUUCUGCCUUGACUGUUCUGGUCUUGUUAUGCUGCUGCUCCUCUUGAAGGCAUCUGGGCUUCAUUCUGUUGAAUAGUGCUUUAACAUGGCAACAGCUCUGUGAGCCCAUCUUUUCCCUCUCUUCUUUGGUGAUGAACGAUAGUGUCAUGGCAAAUGCGCUUAUAUAUGUCCAUGCUCCGUAUUGUGUUGGGCAAGUAAAAUAAUCUGUUUUGCAUAUACUAGGUUGUGUCAAACCUUGUUCAUGUCAAAGUAGGACGAAUUAUGGUGAUUGAAUCAAGGAACGUAAAGGAGAGAUAGAACACU